AUCCAGAGUUGGACUGGAGCCCCGCGCUGCGCAGCCCGCGCUGCCCGAGGAGUCCGCGCCGCUUGCAGCAAUGAAGGCCGCCUCCGUGUUCGUGGUCGAGAGCCCAGACGUGGUCUACACGCCCGAGGCCAUCGAGGCGCAGUACGACUACCGGACCACGCGGGUCGUUCGCGAGGGCGGCGUCCUGAAGGUGCAGCCCACGUCCACGCGCUUCACCUUCCGGACCGCCCGGCAGGUUCCCCGGCUCGGGGUCAUGCUCGUCGGCUGGGGCGGGAACAACGGCUCCACGCUCACGGCCGCCGUGCUGGCCAACCGCCUGCGCCUGUCGUGGCCCACGCGCACCGGCCGUAAGGAGGCGAACUACUUCGGCUCGCUCACCCAGUCCGGCACAGUGAGCCUGGGCCUGGACGCCGAAGGCCAGGAGGUAUUCGUCCCCUUCAGCGCGCUGCUGCCCAUGGUGCCGCCCGACGACCUGGUGUUCGACGGCUGGGACAUCUCCUCGAUGAACCUGGCAGAGGCUAUGAAGAGGGCACAGGUCCUGGACUACGGCCUGCAGGAGCAGCUGUGGCCGCACAUGGAGGCCCUGCGCCCGCGACCCUCGGUCUACAUCCCCGAGUUUAUCGCCGCCAACCAGAGCGCACGUGCCGACAACCUUAUCCCGGGCACACGCGCGCAGCAGUUGGAGCAGAUCCGAAAGGACAUCCGCGACUUCCGGUCCCGUGCAGGGCUGGACAAGGUCAUUGUGCUGUGGACAGCGAACACGGAGCGUUUCUGUGAUGUGGUCCCAGGUGUCAACGACACUGCGGAGAACUUGCUGCGUACCAUCCAGCUUGAAAGGGAGGUGUCGCCAUCCACGCUCUUCGCUGUGGCCAGCAUCUUGGAGGGCUGUGCCUUCCUCAACGGGUCUCCACAGAACACGCUGGUGCCUGGAGCCCUUCAGCUGGCCGAGCAGCACCGCGUGUUUGUGGGCGGCGACGACUUCAAGUCGGGCCAGACGAAGGUGAAGUCAGUGCUCGUGGAUUUCCUCAUUGGCUCUGGCCUCAAGACCAUGUCCAUCGUCAGCUACAACCACCUGGGUAACAAUGACGGGCAGAACCUGUCGGCACCGCAGCAGUUCCGCUCCAAGGAGGUGUCCAAGAGCAACGUGGUGGAUGACAUGGUGCAGAGCAACCCGGUGCUCUACGCGCCCGGCGAGCAGCCGGACCACUGCGUGGUCAUCAAAUAUGUGCCCUACGUGGGCGACAGCAAGCGCGCGCUCGAUGAGUACACAUCGGAGCUGAUGCUAGGUGGAACCAACACGCUUGUGCUUCACAACACUUGCGAGGACUCGAUGCUGGCGGCGCCCAUCAUGCUGGACCUUGUGCUGCUCACGGAGCUGUGCCAGCGCAUCAGCUUCUGCACAGACACCGAUCCCGAGCCUCAGCACUUCCACUCAGUGCUGUCCCUGCUCGGCUUCCUGUUCAAGGCGCCGCUCGUGCCGCCCGGCAGCCCGGUGGUGAACGCACUCUUCCGCCAGCGCAGCUGCAUCGAGAACAUUCUCAGGGCAUGCGUGGGGCUCCCGCCCCAGAACCACAUGCUCCUGGAGUACAAAAUGGAGCGCCCAGGUCACAGCAGCAAGCAAGCCGCAUCCGUGGGCACCGCUGGCUCACUGCACUGCAAGAAAGGGGUGGCACCCUUGGCCCCCAACAGCUGCACUGGCGACACCAACGGCCAUCCACAGGGGUCACCCCCGAUGCCCACAGCCUGAGCCUGCGACAACGCUCAGUCCGGCCCCCUACCCCACGGGCCCCAACCUCCCUGGCCAAAGGUACAAUAAAGCUAGCCUUCGUCCCAUCUGCCCAGC